AUACGACAUAAAUUUAUGAUAAUGUAACGCUCUGGCUGAGUGGUGCGUGUCUCCAGUGACGCGCUGUGUGGCUGCAUCAGCGCACGGUUGCAACGCGACAGUUCGCAGAGACGUUUUUUCUCCCGUUAUUAUCGCACAGUGGCUCUAACGUACGUUCCAGAAUGGAGACUAAACCGGUCAUCACCUGCCUUAAAACCCUCCUCAUCGUAUACUCCUUCGUGUUUUGGAUAACAGGAGCCAUCCUGCUGGCAGUGGGAAUAUGGGGGAAGGUGAUGCUGGGCCCGUACAUCUCUCUGAUAGCCGACAACUCCACCAACUCUCCGUACGUCCUCAUCGGAACCGGGACCGUCAUCAUCGUUUUUGGCCUGUUUGGAUGCUUUGCCACCUGCAGAGGAAGCCCAUGGAUGCUGAAGCUGUAUGCCAUGUUUCUGUCGCUCGUCUUCCUCGCUGAGUUAGUGGCUGGGAUCUCUGGAUUUGUGUUUCGCCAUGAGAUAAAGGGAACCUUUCACAGGACAUACACUGACGCCGUUCUGAAUUACAACGCUGAGGAUGAGGCGAGCCGUGCUGUUGAUUACUUGCAGCAUACGCUGCGUUGCUGUGGAGUGUAUAACUACACUAGUUGGUUUGGCAGUGUGUAUUACCCAUCCAACGGCAUUCCUGCCAGCUGCUGCUUUAACUCCUCUGACUGCAAACCAGAAGACCUCCGCAAUGCAACUCUAGCCUUGAACAAGGUCUACCACCAGGGCUGCUACGAGCGGGUCACUUCAUUCAUGGAGACCAACAUGGCCAUUAUUGCAGGAGUGACGUUUGGGAUUGCCUUCUCACAGCUGAUUGGCAUGUUGCUGGCCUGCUGUCUGUCCAGGAUCAUCACAGCCAAUCAGUAUGAGAUGGUUUAGCUGAUGUGACGUGGCAGGAGAAGAAGAGACAAAGAGCCUUGACACAUGACGAGAGUAAAUUCCCAAAACACUAUCACACGUCUGAAUUGGAAUUGACCUCCCUCCGUCUCUCUUCCUGUGAUCUUCAUGUAAUAUCUUAAUGUAUCUUACUGUAAAGCACCAUUCCUCAACUCACUGCUGUUGCAUCAAAGCGUUCUAUACCACACAUCCCACCGCUGCUUGAUGUAUAAGUUCAUUAGCACAUAUCUCGGAUCAAUACAGCCUACAACAAGCAGGUAGACCAGAGUUGUUUGAGUUGACGGCGGUGUUGGUCUCAGAUAGGCGUUUGGGUGAAACUUGGCUUCUCUGUUGGCUGCAGCAUGCUCCACCGACCGUCAUCAGAAGACCACUGCACAUCUUUGUACAGAAUGACGUUACUAAAGCUUGAAAGUUUUGAAAAAUGUAAUAGAUAGGUUUAGUUUUGCAUUUGACUUUGCUAUUGCUCACCAUUGUAUAUUCCUAUGGUUGUGACAUUUUUUUAACUGAUCUUGUGUACUGAGGUGGAUAGUUUAAGUUUAUAUGAAAAAUAAGGAAACUGACAAAGGAGAGAAAAGGAAGGAUUGUAUUAGUGCAUUUUUACCUGUAAACGAGGCACGCUAUUUCUUUGACUGGAUAUUUUAUCCCAAAAGCAGAUUAUGAUGUACAUUAUGUGUUAAAAUUAUAAUUCAAUAUCAAUUAAUGGGAUAAAUACACAAGAAUACAGAUUCUGAAUGAACUGUCAAACACCCUCAGUAACUUAAAAUAACGCUCAACUUUGCACUAAUUUACAGCUCCUACAUACACUUAUGAUACUUAAUGUAACUUAAUCUCUUGUUGGAGAUUUUUUAUUCCUCAAGAAAAACAAACACAUAAUGUCAGUUGAGACACAAAUCUGUUAAAAUAUAGACUGAAGGUCGGGUCACACCAGAAAGUAAUGUUACAGUAUCUCUGACUCUAAAGACAUGAUAAGUUCAAACCGUUUAUUCAAAAGACGGAGUUGUACCAUCGACUCCUGUCUCAUAACUGUUUGCGAGCCCAUUUCAUGGAGAAGUUUAUACUCUGACAGAGAAGGGUAAAUAAAGAUGGAUCAUGCAACACACAGCUAAAAUGCUACAAUAACUUCCUCAGUGUUGGCACUCACUUGUUCCCCUAAAGGUCAGUUCUGGUAAUACAUCUGUCAAGAUGACUUGUUAUUGGUCAACAGCGCAAAUUAGCUUGUCAUAGCUCAGCAACAUUAAACUCAAUGCAGAUUUACUUUGUCUAAUUUGGUCUAGAUUUCAUUUAAUAUAAUUUGCCAUUAUUUCACCACAAAAUCCAGGUUCAAAUGCUGGUGUGACCCUGCCAUUUCAGGCUCUAAAUCAAGCCUAACACUCAAUACAAACUUUAACUGAAUUUUGCAUGCUUCAAACCACGUAGUUCCUAUGAGGUGUCGUCUAAAGGCAGAAGUGUUUAUAGCUGUUUGGAACGGCCACACUUGAAGGCAAGAUGAAAAACUUAGAAAGGGAUAAGAUGCAAUGAAUCAUACAAAUAGGGACAACAGCUCACAGUCUCUCUUCUCAAAGGCAUUCAUAAUGUUACACCCGUUGUUAGAUGAAAUUGGACAGAUUCUUCUAUGUGACUAAGUGUGCUGCUUGAUGAUCCAACAAGCACGUCAUUUUAAGCAUACUGACACCGUAGUAAUGUUUCAGUUAUGGUUUCAGUACUUGUCUUUCUGGUUUAUGAAAAAGUAACUGACUAAAUAAAAAAUUAAGAUUAAGUUUUAAAAAGCAACAGCUGAGAAUCUUGUUUUUGUCGAUCUCCAAUGGUUAAAGUUCUCACCUUGUUGCAGUGAUGUACAGGUGUACCUGACAUCACUGUUGGGCAUGGUUACAGGUGCAACAAAACAAGGACUCUGGGUGUUAAUAACAAGCUUUUCAACCAGAAGGGGUCAGUGAAACACAGAUUUCAGUCUGUUAGGGUGAUAUCAAAUCAUAUCAAUUGUUUUCUCCUGGAAUAUAAUGCCAGCUGGGUGUUGACAGUGACAGAAGUCGAUGUGAGAGAUACGCAGGACUCCAACAGUGUUCAUCUAGUAUUUACAGUAUUCUAUGUAGUGCAUCAACAUGCCAUCAUCACCCUCAUCAUCACUUGUAGAUAUUUAUGGGAAAUGUAAUUUAUAUAAUGUAAUGGUUCUCAUUCUAAUAAGCUAAUCGGUAAAAAAAUGUUGUGUCACAGUUUUGAUUCCGCACCUUGUGCUGUUAAUCUGUAUUUGUUAUAGUUUAUAGGACUCGCACUGGAAAAAUAAUUGUGGCCAACGUUUUGUUGAAAAUAACAUGCACAUGUAGAUGUUUCAAUUUAGCUGUAUAUUUAUUAUGGUUUGGUUGGCAUUAAGUUUACUGUUUUACCAAGUGAUUUUCUCUCUCUCUUUCAGUGUGAGUGUGUGGGGUUUUUGUGUGUCUUUAUUUGACUGUGUCCUUAACCUUGAGUGUGUAUUUUCUGUGUGUGUGUGUGUGUGUGUGUGUGUGUGUGUGUGUGUGUCUGUCUGCGUGUGUGCGCAUGCGUGAGAGAGUCUAGAUUUUGUGGAUCAUGUUAUAUUCAAUUUUGGUCUGUGUUUGGUUGUGGCUUUUCAAACCUUUUUGCUUUUAAAGCUGAACAUUUAUUUAGUGAAUGUAUGUUUUCCAACACUGAAAUGUAUUUUUUCCUUCCCCAAACUGAUGUUGUCCUGUAAAUACUAAAUUGUAAUAUCAUCCUGCUUACACAUGGGGUCACCAGACACUCAAAAAGAAUUGCACCAUGCUGUCUACUAUUGACUAAGUCACCAUCAGUGGUCUUAUUAUCAAUAAAUAUACAGAAUAACAA